AGGUUCGGACUUUAUUCGUAAGCGGACUCCCAAUGGAUGCCAAGCCUCGAGAAUUAUAUCUUCUAUUUAGGGCGUAUGAGGGUUAUGAGGGAUCGUUAUUGAAAGUAACAAGUAAAAAUGGAAAAACAGCAUCGCCUGUCGGAUUUGUCACAUUCAAUACAAGGGCAGGAGCAGAGGCAGCAAAACAAGAUUUACAGGGCGUACGGUUUGACCCCGACAUGCCACAGACCAUCAGGCUGGAGUUUGCUAAAAGUAACACCAAGGUUAGCAAGCCCAAACAGCAAGCUGCUAACUCAGCCAACACGCACCCAACUUUGAUGCACCCCCUCACAGGACUCUAUGUUACAGAUUUGGGAACGCCGUUUUUCCCUGGCGGCCCGGAACUAUGGCAUCAUCCGUUGGCGUAUUCUGCUGCCGCAGCAGCAGCAGCAGCAGCUGAACUACCAGGAGCCGCAGCUCUACAGCACCACACCCUAGUACAUCCGGCGUUGCACCCCCAGGUGCCAGUACGUUCCUAUCUUUGA